ACUGGAGGCAUGUGGUCGUCAGUUUGCUCAGAGAUCUCGAAGCGUUCCAGUCGAAAAUUAAAUCCUCGUUUUUUUCCUUCAAAUUUUAUUUUUAUCUGUAUUUGAAGACUCGACAGUACAAAACCUUUGAAAGGAGGAAAAUUCCACUGAAAAUAAUUUGGAUAAACGGUAGAAAAGAGAAUCAACGAUUUUCAAAUAAUUGAAUGAAAAUCAACGAUAGUGUAACUUUAAAAAAAUCAAAAUAAUUUUUAAAAAAUGUUUAAACGUUGGAAGAAUCUCCGAUGAAACGAUCGUGACAAUAAACUAUAAAAUCGUUCCUCAACGAGAGCUCCCCUGUCAAGUUGCAUCGACAACUGACUCAAUUUCCUUUCAAUUGUUAUUGACUAAAUUUCAUACCGAAAUUAUUAACGUUCCCGUUCGACAAUCUUCGGAAUUGCAGUGAAUUCGAGAAAAUCUUGGGGUAAACAAAUUUUUCCCAAAUUUUCUCCGGACACGUGAGACAAUAAUUGCUUUAAUGCAACGUUACAUCGUUGAGGAAUUUAUUAAACAUGGAUGUUGCGAAGGGGUCUGUCAACAAGAGCAUUGCCACUGCUGCAGAUGACGUUUCGUGGCACACGACCCAAGAGUCUCUAACGCAAGAGGAGGAAGAUGCAAUAAUCUCUCUUACCGUCGUUGCCAUUUGCGUCGUGGUGGCGAUCGUAAUUUUAUUUUCUAUGGGAGUUUUCAUCGAUUGUCGUGAACAGAAAAAAGAUGGGAUGAAGAGAAAAAGACUGAGAUUAAAAAUGCCGCCGUUGUCACGUCGCAAGCAACGAAACGAGGAUGGAAAAUCGCUGGCUUCGGAGAUGUGUCCCAACGGAGAUAGCGAUUUGACUACGAAUCCGUCGAGCCGGGUGGCGACGGUUUAGGAACCGAUUACCUCAACGGAGAUGAAAAGUGUUUUUGUCAAAAUUCCUCCACACUUUUUGGAACGAGCAACUUUUCACACUCAUUAAAAUGUCAGUCAUCUAUUUAUAGGACAAUUUAAGUCUCUGAAGUAAAUAGAGAAAAAUAUUUUUUUUAUCGCUUCGAAUGGAAUUUGAAUUGUAUAAAAAUGGAAGGAAAAGCAGCGACGGAUUAACGCAUUUCUAGCGUAUUAACAAAUACUUGGAACACUCGCGACAAUAUUAUUGCUAAUUUAAUCCGAUACGAAUCUCCAACUGCAGCUGCAUCGUUAUCACGCGAUCGCUGCAAAACGAUCGGUGCAUUGUUUCCUUGGCUCACGUUACCAAAGCAACGUCGUGCAUUUUCAGAUGUCGCGUCUACUUGAUACUGCGUUUCAGGUAUUUUUACGAUAUUCGUAUCGAGUCGUCGAGGAAAAUCGUGCUCAAAACAAUUAAGAUAAUCAUCAGUUUUUACACGAGAAAUAAAGAAAUUUAUAGAGGAUUAUAGAAUGA